UACUGUUUGAGGUACAUUGUGGUUAGUCAUAUAAUUAAACUACAUAUGUACUACGAUACUCAAUAUUAACCUACCUAAUUAGUGGUAAUAUUCAGAUUAACGAAGAAGCGUAGAGUAAAUCGUAUUAUGAGAAUCAUUUACGCAAACAUGUAUUUAACAGCGUACUUAUUGAUAGGUAUUUAUUUCGCAUUUUUAGGUUUUGGAACCAUAUUAUGUUCAAUGUGUUCUAAUACGGACGGAGUAGUGGGAGAAUUUUAUUUACAUACAUGCAUACUAGAUAACGAAAAUACACAGAAUAAUAGACAAUUUUUUAAUUUCUACCAAUUCAUAAAUUAUCAAGCAGGGGCAGAUAUAAUGGCAAUGACUGUUCCAGACAAAUAUACAUUGCAGUACAAAAUGAGGCUUUACGGUUUUGAUAAUGAUACAACGAUGUCUUGUAAUAUAAAUAAUUGCAAUAGUUGUAAUCAGUGUCAAUACGACACUAAUUACACCAGACUAUUGGUGAAACCAUACAAGGGAGAUUACGAGAGAUUUUCGGAUAAUGAAGGCGAAAAAAAUUUUUACUAUGUUCCAAAUUACAAUAGCAGAUUUGUUUAUCUAGGAUACGUCAUGGUACACGUUGACUUAAACCAUAAAAUUAUAAACCAUGUAAGACGACAAAACUCAAUUGGUUCUAUUUCUAUGAAUAUUACAUUAACAGAAGCGGAAAAAAACACAAAACUUUACUGUUUCAGUUUAAGCUGUACUUUUAAAGAGGCAAAUGUAUUUGAAUGUUUUAGAAAAUUAGAUGUAGUUUAUAAAUUUGUUCAAAAUGAAUCUCAGCCGCUUACAACGGAAGCUCCAUUACAAACUAAUACUAGAAUUGACAUCAAGAAGAAGUCACGUGUACAUUAUACAUGCGCAAAUAUACAAAAUAGUGGAAGUUCCGUGCAUCUGUCUCAAUAUUUUAAUUAUGGAACGUAUGCAGAAAUGUUCAACUACACUACUGAUAAAUAUCCAAUACAUCUUAAAAUGUAUUUAGGCGAGUUUGAUAACAACACCGCUUUGUCCUGUACUCUCUCACAGACAGGUGAUGAUGUGGGACAGACAAUUACAAAAAAUGACAUCAUUGUUGUUACAUCAGAUAAUAUAACUACAAAUGUGGAUGUUGAAGAUAUUUACUACGCUGAAAAUCAAGAGAUUGAAUUGAACUGCGUAAACUGUUAUUUUAUUGAAAUUAAGGAAAACAAUACAAUGCCACAUGUAGUAAAGUCAUCAGAAGUCAACAGUACUGUCUUGCUGAAAAGAAGUGAUAACAACACAAUGUUGUACUGUAUCACAAUAACAUGCAAAGUCAUUUCAGAAAGAAAUAAAUGCUUACGAACCUUUAAAAAAAUUAGGUUUAUCAUUAAUGAAAAUCCACUGAAAAAUAAGCCUUCUAAAGGAGGCAUCAUUGCCGGGUGUAUAGUUAGCCUUGCUAUAAUCUCAAUAAUUGCGAGGAUUAUUUAUCAGCGUAUGCGCGAUUACAAGAUCAAACAACGUAACAAGUCCAGACCAUUACCGACAAUACCUUUGCCGAGAGAGCCAGUGCCUUAUCAUCAUUACGAAGUCAUCGAUAAAAGAUUUGCCUGAAAUAUAUAUUGCACUGCAAAUACUAAGUUUGUAUGAUUGUAGAACGUCGAUAUUGUAUUACUUUCACGCAAUAGUACUUGACAUUAUUAAUUUCCAGUACAGAGCACAUAACUGCCCAAGGGCCCCGGGUGGUCUACGGGGCCACGAGCAUGCACAAAAUGAUGUGAUUGGAGUAAUUCACAUCGUUUCAUCAACUUGAAAAGAAUUAACAAACUAAAAACCAGUGUAAAGCCCCAUUGAAAAAUAUUCCAUCAAUAAAUAGUUUCUUUUUAUACUACUAUGGUGGCAAAUAAGCAUACGGUCCAUCUGAUGGUAAAUGGUAAUGCUCCUAUGGACUCCUGAGACACCAGGGGUAUUACGUGCGCGUUUCCGACCUUUAAAGCGACGCCGCGAUAAAUAUUAAUUACAAAAUCGGGCCCCGCGCGCCACGCCACCGCGUAUAAUAAUAAGAUUUUUAAAAGUAAAUACCUCAUUUUUAUUUAUAAAAAAACUACGAAAUAAAAUUAAUGCAAAAUUUGUCUAUAUUUACGUAACCAUUUCCUUAUAUUGUUCUCUCAAAUAAGUUUUCUUUUUAAAAAUACUUACCUUUUGUUUUUCAUUUAUAACAAUUAAUUUUCACUAUAUCAUAUGCCUGUGCGCUGUAAUGUGGUACGCGUGAGUUUCAUUAAGGUUUCGUUUCACUCCUUUGAUUUACAAAUUAGGACUUAGUAUUUCAGCUGUACUUCAUUCGUAAUAUAUUAAAUCAUUAAUAACUGUAUUAACUAAAAUGUAGCAAUUGUUAAAUGUAAAAUUAGUAAUGAAGAAUGUUAACUAAUUUUGAAUAUUAGCUCUCCAUAUUCUCUGUGAAAAAUAAAAUAUAUAAUGAAAGAAUUACUUCAAUACGUCAAUUAGUUUCUGGUUUAUAGCGAUGCGGACUCGUGUGACGGUGUGACGUAAUAGUACAACACUCGCUCUGUCCGCUCGAGCUAUCAGCACGGAGGCGUCUUACGUUUCAUUAGAAAUUAUAAAUACCUUCAAAUAUAACCAAACCAAAUGCUAGAAAAUCAUGUGUUAUGCCGAAAUGUACAAAUACAACCACUAAAAUAAUAGUUAUAAUUUAUUAUAACCACAAAAAUCCAACAAAUUUGAUAAUAGUCGUUAAGUCCUCUCUUCGACGA